CCCUCGCAAACCCUUCCUUCUCCCUCUCCCGUCCCAGCAAUGGCGGGCGGCGGCGCGGUGCCCCCGCCGCCGCGGCAGCUGGAGGUCCGGCGCUACGCGGCGGCGCGCGCGGGCGAGCUCCGGUCGCUGCACGCCGCCGUCUCGGCCCGCCUCGGGGGCGAACGCUUCCAGCAGCCCCGCUCCGCGCGCCGCCGCACCACGGGGCACCUCCCCUCCAAGCGCCGCCGCGGCACCACGAGCAGAGACGCCUCCGCCGAGGAGACAACGGAGGAGGGGGGUCGUUCCGCGCCGCGCGUGUCCAGGAGGGUGAGGCGGCGGCGGGAGCUCGCGGGGAACCCGGCGGAGGGGUUCUCCGUCGCAGGGGACGGCGCGCGGCGGCUGCGUACGCACCUGUGGCACGCCAAGAGGUUCUCCAUGGCCAGGCGGUGGGGGUUCGUCCUCCCCGUCGGUCCCCAGGGGAGUGGAAGGGGUUCAAGGGCAGUUUUGAAGUGGCUACAGAAUGGAACAGUGGUUCAUGAUGCUAGCUACUUCAUUCCAAUUCAGCUAGAAGGUCCAGAGGACUCCCUGUUAUCCAUUCUCAGAAUGGUUUUGUGUCCCCCUCCUGCAGAUGAAACACCUGAUUUGAAGCUCCUACAAGAUAAAGUUAUGCAAGGUGUUUGCUAUGAGAAUGCUAUGCUUUGGCGUACUGGGAGUCCCCAUUAUCAAAUUGUUGGACCAGUGACAUACAUGUGGCGACCACACUCAGGAGAGAGUAGCAAAUUGGAGGCCAAAGCAGAUUUGUCCAAUUCACAAACUAGAUUUGAUGAAGGAAGCUGGAAUCCUUUACAACGCCAAUUAUGGAUAUGGAUCCAUCCUGCUGCUCUCGAUGAAGGGCUUGCUGCAAUCAAAUUUGCAUGCGAGAAACAGAUGCAAGAUUUUGGUGUUGUUGUCAACUGUUUCUCACUAGAGGGCAAACUUGCAAGAUUGGAAGUCAUGGGAUCCAAGGCUAUGGAAUCUCUUAAGAGUGCAUUGCACCCAGUUAGCAAUAUGAUCGACAGGGUAAUUAGUAUGAGGAAUACAUCUAAACCAAGUGAUCCUUCUCUGGAUUCCUCUACUGGCUGUCAUCUUUUGAAAGCAUCUGCCAUCAAUCAUGCUGAGAUUCUGCAGCCUGGUGCUAUACUGUCCAUGAUAGUUGGUGACCCCAGGGAAGUUCCAUUUGAGGGAACGGAUUCUCCUUUAAAAUCAGUUCCAGACCAGGAGAACAAACACUUGGAGGAGGGAGGCCUAGUUCCAAAUGUUGAUGAGGCACCAUCUGAGGAGAGAGACAUAAUGUCAUCGAUGCACCCUGGAAGACACGAUUUGCUCCUUUCGGACUGUAGAGGAAUGUGGGAUUCCUGCUAUAAGAUAAACCCCCCUGUGGCUGAGGAGAUCCUUUGUAUGGAGAAACACCACAGGCGUAUAAAGUUUUUCUGUCUGGAUUCUGGAAAUGAUCAAGGAAAAGAAACUCAAGAGAAGGAUCUUUUCAGUCAAUCCUGCCCUGCUAUUCUUCUGAAACAGGCUAAAGAAAGGUGGUCUCUUAUUCUACCUUUGAGCUGGGUAAAGCCCUUUUGGCUCUUUCUAGUGUCUCAUGGUGCACAUGCGAUUGGCUUAAGAGACAGGCGGUGGAUUGCAUCAAAGUUCAAGAUGCCAUGCUUUCCUCAUGAUUAUCCAGACAGCAAAGCGUAUUCAUCGUUUAUGGCUGAAGAGGCUGCUGCUUUGGAUAAAGCAGCUGAGUACCGCCCUUCUGCCAAGAGACCUCCAAGAGUUCCUGUACCACCCUUAUGGCAUUGCAUCAAGGCUAGUUUAAAUAAGGAUGGCAUAGUGAAAGGUCUUGAAGUAGAUGACUUGAAGCGUUUUGCUACGGAGUUACCUGAAUGUUUGCCAGUAAAUUCCAACUGUGGAGAUUCAGGUGUUGCAUCCUUCCAACAAGUGGUGCCAAGAACCAUCCAAACCUUGAGGCAGUAUGUAAAAGAAUUUGAUAUGAAGUCUUUGAGUUCUUCAUAUGAGAUGGAAACAGAUACUGACCAACCCAAUUUAGUUUCUGGUGGUACCAUUAAAAUGUCAUGUUCUGUAAGCGGAUUGUGCCUUGUAAGGGUCCUGCUCCGAGCAUUCAAGGAAGGUUCUUUUGAAGACGGCGCUGUUGUUUGUGCCCCAUUUCCAUCAGAUCUUUCGGCUUGGAAAAUCAGAGCAGAGGACGAGGAAGAAUGUAUGGAAAAUUGGGAAGUCCAGCUCCCCCAGUCCAAUGUCAGUUCUCAUUUCUCUUGGCUGGAUCCUGGAACCAGCCACCUCGAAUUGCCCAAAGACGAAGCUGCACUGAAGGCAUUUAGGUGGCCGAUAGGCUUCGUAACUACUGGUUUUGUCCAUGGAAGUACUGGGAAAGAUGCUGUUGCAGUCGCGUUCUGUGAAGCAAGGCUUCUCGCGGUGCUGCGACGACAACAGUGGGAUCAUGAGAGCAUGCAGAGUCGAGAGAUCUGCGUCCUUGUCAGGAACACGAGGUCGACGGCGUAUCGACGAGCUCUCGCAACGGUUGUCCUGGAGCAACAGGAGGAAGAUCUAGAGUUUCUGUAGUCGUCAGCAAGUGAAGUAUUCUCUUGUCAGUUGUUUUACACUCAACAUGGAAAUUUUGCUACAUGCAUGAUAACAUUUCUUGGCCACAAAUUCGAGUUAGAUAUAAUCUGCUCUCUUUUUUCUCACGCAAAA